AUGACUUGGCAAGCAUACGUCGAUAACAACUUACUUGGUGCUGGUUUCGCAUCAGCUGCUCUUUUAGGUGCUGCUGACGGUAGUGUUUGGGCACACUCAGCUGGAUUCAAUGUCGCUGAAGGUAAGGCAAUAACCGCACUUUUUCAAAAGGAUGGAGCUGCAUUCGCAACUGGCAUCCACGUUGCUGGUAAGAAAUAUAUGGCCAUCAAAAGUGACACCAGAUCUGCUUACGGUAAAUUAGGUGCUGGUGGUGUUGUUUGCGUUAAAACCUUAACUUGUAUCAUCGUUGCUGUCUAUGAUGACAAAUUACAACCAGGUGCUGCUGCUAACAUUGCUGAAAAAUUAGCCGAUUAUUUAAUUGACAACAACUGUUAA